AUGUCGUCCAAGGUCAUCGUCGUCGGCGGCGGUCUCUCAGGCCUCAGCGCAGCCCACACCAUCCUCGAGAGGGGCGGCAAUGUCGUCUUGUUGGAUAAGAACAGCUUCAUGGGCGGUAACUCGACCAAGGCUACCAGUGGAAUCAACGGUGCUGGUACCCAAGCUCAGCAGGAGAACAACAUUCCCGACACUGCUGCCAAAUUCUUCAAUGACACCAAGACGUCUGCCCGAGAUCUUGCUCGGGACGACCUGAUCCGGGUGCUCACUUAUAACUCUGCUUCCGCCGUCAACUGGCUCGUCGAGCGUUUCCAGCUUGAUCUUUCCAAGGUGUCUCGUCUCGGUGGACACUCGGAGAAGCGAACCCACCGUGGCGGCGCGCAGUUCCCUGGUAUGACCAUCACAUAUGCCUUGAUGGAAAAGCUGGAGGACCUUGCGGAGGCUACUCCGGAGCGGGUCAAGAUCCUCAAGAAGGCUCAAGUAUCAAAGCUUUUGGAAGAGAAUGGCAAGAUCAUCGGUGUCGAGUAUACCCGCGAAGGAAAGAAGCACACCGAGUAUGGCCCAGUCAUCCUCGCUACCGGAGGAUACGCCGCCGACUUUACACCCGACUCUCUCCUCAAGCAACACCGACCAGAAUAUUACGAGCUGCCCACUACCAACGGUGACCACUGCACCGGCGACGGCCACAAGAUGGCCAUGGCUAUCGGUGCCAAGGGAGUCGACCUUGAGAAGGUGCAAGUCCAUCCCACCGGUCUGGUUGACCCGAAAGACCCCGAGGCCAAGGUCAAGUUCUUGGCUGCUGAGGCUCUCAGAGGUGUGGGCGGUUUGUUGCUUGAUAACGAUGGUGAGAGGUUUGUGGAUGAGCUGCAGCAUCGAGACUAUGUGACCAACAAGAUGUGGGAGAGGAACAAGUUCCCCGUGCGUCUUGUAUUGAACAGCACUUCCAGCAAAGAGAUCGAGUGGCACUGCAAACACUACGUCGGUCGAGGACUCAUGAAGAAGUUUACGAGCGGCAACGACCUCGCCAAAGAGAUCGGCUGUUCCCCAGAAGCGCUCAAGAAGACUCUCGACGAACACAACAAGUACGCCAAGAACCCCGGAACCGACCCAUUCGGCAAAAAGUUUUUUGCUGGCGGUGACUUUUCAAUGGACGACACCUAUCACGUCGCCAUUAUGACGCCCGUCCUGCACUACACCAUGGGCGGUCUUGAGAUCGGACCUGAUGCUUCCGUGCAUGACGCCCAGAGUAAGCCCAUCCCGGGGUUGUUUGCUUGUGGUGAGCUGGCUGGUGGUGUGCAUGGUGCCAACCGACUUGGUGGUAGUUCUUUGCUUGGUUGUGUCGUGUUUGGCCGAGUAGCAGGCGACAGCGUCUCCUCCUACCUCCUCUCCAACCUCGCCAACCAAACCGCCGCCAACCGUCUCGGCAACAUCCAAAACCACCUCCUCGAGACCAAAGUCCGUAUCGACCCUUCCACCAGGAAUGUCAAUCUCGAAUUCAGCUGGGCCGAAGGUGGGCAGGCUGUGCCGUUCACUUCGUCGCAGGGGCAGCAGAAUCAGGUUCCAGCGGAUAGUGGGCCUGCCAAGGAAGGAGAUAGGACAGUGGCGCAGGUGGAGCAAGAGGAUCUCCCACCCACGCAGGAGAAGAAGAAGGAGGCUGAAGGGAAAGGGAAAGGGGCAAAGAAAGCUGGAGGUGAUGGGGAGGUGAAGGUUUUCUCUGUGGAAGAGGUUGGCAAGCAUAAUAAGAAAGAAGACUGCUGGGUCAUCAUCAACGGCCAGGUCUUGGAUGUUACCAACUUCUUGGAAGACCACCCCGGAGGUGUAAAGGCCAUCAUGCUCUACGCCGGACGAGACGCAACAGAAGAGUUUGAGAUGAUUCACCCCGCCAACGCUAUCUCCAAGUACGCCCCUGACACUGGUGAGUACCCCCUACCCCAUAUCGCGCAACGAGCAGCCGCUGAUUGA